UCCGCUGUCUCCCAUGGCUGGCUGCGCUCUGCUCGUCCACGACGGUCUGCUCGUCCACGACGCUCUGCUCGUCCCCGACGGUCUGCGGGCAUGAAGAGCCAACAGAAGAGCCCAGAGCCCGACGGGGGUGCUGUCCACGAGGAAGGGUCUGUAGCCACGGCAGAGGACCCGGCAGCUAUCGCCACCAUUCAGUCUGCUGCCACCUACAGCGACCAACCCAUCAAAUAUCUCUUCAAGACGGAGGGAGCAGGCGGACAGGUGACCUACAGAGUGAUCCAGGUGUCAGAUGGCCAGCUGGAGGGUCAGACGGACGGAGCUGCGGCCGUCAGCCUGGUCACCGGUUUCCCAGCAACCACUCAGACCGUCACACAGGCGGUGUUCUCUCAGCCCGACGGGUUGGAGAGCGACGGCAGCGCCGAGACGCAGUACACCUACUACCCCGCCACCAUCGCCGACGCCACCACCGGCACUAUGGUGACCACGGUGCAGGCCUCCGACACACUGCUGGGCCAGACCACACCCACUGGGCAGCUCUAUGUGAUGAUGUCACCACAGGAAGUUCUGACCGGCUGCAAUCAAAGGACAAUCGCACCUCGCACUCAGCCGUACAUUGCGAAGCAGGAAGCUCCUCGAGGUUCCAGAGACGAUAAACGGCGAGCUCAGCACAACGAAGUUGAGCGUCGGCGCCGAGACAAAAUCAACAACUGGAUCGUGCAGCUGUCAAAGGCCAUCCCAGACUGUAACAUCGACUACACCAAGACAGGACAGAGUAAAGGAGGAAUCUUGUCCAAAGCCUGCGAGUACAUCAAGGAGCUCCGGUCGAGCAACAUGAAGCUCGGCGACGACAUCAGCACUCUGGACCGACUCAGGAUCGACAACCAGCUACUCAGACAAGAGGUGGAAGACUGGAAGUCCAAGAAUCAGAUCCUGAGGAACCUGCUGCGACAGCACGGCAUCGUGGGUUCAUCCAGCACCGAACCCCAGUGAGGAAAACCUGAACCUGACGACCUCCAACGGGCCAAAAGAGUACUUGAAGUGCUUUGAGAUACUUUAUUAGUGAUGGAGAGUGCGCAAAAUAUGAAAAACAUUAAUAUUCAAGCUUCUUUGCCUCAUGACACUUUUGAAUAUUAUCUUUGAAGCUUUUUACAAAAUCAUUAACCUGGUGAAUAAAACCAAAUCAUAAAAAAAACAUGAAAAGAAAAAGAGAAUCAACUUUAGUUAAAGAAGUUUAAUGAGUUUGUCAAACAGUAUGAUUGUUUAUUAACCUCCAGUACAGUCCGCUCUAUAACACCAUCUUCUCAUCUUUAUAUUAACUCUGCAGUACAUCUCUGUAUCAUACGCACUCAUGUUAACGUCUCAUUUUAAAACAAAAAAACAGCGUACUCAUGCUUUCUGAUCAAUAUCACUUUGACCAGCUGGACAGAACGUUUGUCAUCCUGUUCAGCUCUUUUGCUUUUGUUAUUUUUAUUUUGUAAGUUUCACGAAAACCUCACUGGGGACGAUAAUUGCAUUGCAACAAUGUGACUAAAUAAACAGGCGUUGGUAAGCAUUGCAUUGUAGGUAGGCUAUGUAUGUCUUUAUAAUAAAAAAAUAAAUAAUAUGCUGUAUGUCAUAAGCCACUUUCAGCUGUGUUUAUUAAAGUUGGUAAA